UGGGUAGUGUAGUGCAAAAUACUGGCAUACGUUGCCCAGUUUCUUUUAAGACCUUGAAAAGCCCAACUAAUCUUGUGCGCAGAACCAGUCAGCGGCAGAAUUUCCUCGCAGGCGUCGUCUAUAAAUAGUCAACACACUGCUACAGCUUGACACCUGUCUUUUACAAUCAUCUUCAGAAACGUCAACAACGUGAAAAGACGAGCAGACAUUUAGCAGCGAGUUGCAAGUUUUAAGAGCGACUCACUGGCCUCCAGCGAGCAAACAAGAAAUGUGCGCAAGGAUCUGCAGGGCACAGUGGCGACUGAUCACAUCGAAUUUGUAAACACGGGGUCCUUUUAAACACAAACGAAGUGGGUUUUCCCUGAAUGAGUGCCUGAGUGUCUGACAGCCUUGGCAGUCUGUGAAGGGCACACAUGGCCCACCGUGUGGACGACCACCAGAGCCGUCUGCCAGUGCCAGAGGCCACCGUUCUGCCUCUGCCACCCUCCAGCCAAGCAAAGGACUUGAGGCCCAGAUGGACGGCGCUGGACUCCCUGCUGUGCGGGGCGUUUGCUGGAGCUGUUGCCAAAACAGUUAUUGCGCCUCUGGAUCGAACCAAGAUCAUUUUCCAAGUGUCCUCCAACAGAUUCUCAGCUAAGGAGGCCUUCAGGUUCAUCUACUGCUCCUACAUGAAGGACGGGCUGCUCAGCCUGUGGAGGGGGAACUCUGCCACCAUGAUGAGGGUCAUGCCCUACGCUGCCAUCCAGUUCUCCUCACAUGACCAGUACAAAAAACUACUGGGGGGCUACUACGGCUACCAGGGCAAAGCUCUGCCUCCUUUCCCACGCUUCCUGGCUGGCUCUCUGGCCGGCACCACUGCUGCUAUGCUUACAUACCCGUUGGACAUGGUGCGAGCCAGGAUGGCAGUCACAGCCAGAGAAAUGUACAGCAACAUCAUGCACGUCUUUAUGCGGAUCUCCCAAGAGGAGGGUGUCAGGACCCUUUACAGAGGCUUUACUCCCACUAUCAUGGGUGUCAUCCCAUAUGCAGGGAUCACAUUCUUUACAUAUGAGACCCUCAAAAAGCUACACACAGAAAAAACUAAGCGACCCCAGCCAUACCCUCAUGAGCGCUUGGCUUUUGGUGCCUGCGCAGGCCUGAUUGGACAAUCUGCCUCGUACCCUCUGGACGUGGUACGCCGGCGCAUGCAGACAGCCGGCGUUACCGGCUCAUCGUACGGCACAAUUCUGGGGACCAUGCGGGAGAUCAUAAAGAAUGAGGGAGUCAUACGUGGACUUUACAAAGGCCUGAGCAUGAACUGGCUUAAAGGGCCCAUCGCUGUGGGGAUCAGCCUCAGCACAUUUGACAUGACGCACAACCUUCUGCUCAAAUUCCAUCAGAACGGCUACUUUGCCCACUGAAUCAUUUGGGACAGUGAAAAAGCACAGAAUGACGUGAUGGAGGUCAACUCUCUCACCUGGCAGUAAUAAGUUUCUGCUCUCAGUCGGUGCAGAGCCGUCCUGCUGCACACUCCUGUUCCCUUCAGGCAGGAUGUCAGAGGACGGGAUGAGUGGACGGGAGAUCUGUCGUGCACACAGAAGCAGUUUCUCACACUUUGUUAAACGCACAGACGGGAUUCACCGACGAAGAGAGUGAGGAGAUAAAGUAGAAGUGUCUUUAAAUCGUCGGUCACACAAUCACAACUUGUAUGUUUUGAAAUCGCAUUGCCAUCACGGUGGUUAAAGGGAUUUCCUGAGGAACAGGGGAUUUUGAUUGAUGAUAAGGAGCACUGUGUUUGUGUCGUGGUAAUAAGAUAAUGUUUGCACCAUUAUAUCUACAAUGUUCAUUCAAAUGAAUCCAUUAACAACAGAGAUCAUGUGUUUUUAAUGAGUUUUAUUGAUUUUAAUUCAUAGGGAAGUUUUGUUGCUUUGUUUUCUUUGUGAUUGUUUCAAAUAGUCAGAUGGUAUUUGUAAUGAAAGGGCGAUUAUGCAAUAUGUUUUGUUUUUACAUUUGAAAUGUUAUGAUUGUGUCACUUUUAGGUUGACAGAGCGACUGAAUUGUAGGAGGGUGAUCAUGUCAGCUGGACUGCACAGCUUCACUGUCCAUCCGCCUCUGCGGAGGUGAGAUAUAGUAUUAAAAUGUCUAAUAAGUGGCUAAUCAAAUAUAUGAGAAAUAAAUCUAUACAACAGAUUUUGUUUAUGUGCUUAUUAUGACGAUGUCAUGUGUGUACCGUGUCCACGUUGAUGUGCAUCAUUGCUUUAACUUGACUGCAAAUCUAAAUAUGCCAAAGCACUACGCUCAUUCAUAACUUUCAUGUGAAUCAGGAGUUUAAUGUACUUUCACUGCAAAGGAUGCAGCAUUUACAAAUAUGAAAGAUUACAGUUUCAAGUUAAACUGACUCUUCAAUAAAGUGUCCAUCCUCAA